UUGAGGAGUGGAAGCAAUCUAUUAUAAAUAUAGCUCGUUCUUCUAUGGAUAGAAAUUAUAUAAAUAUGGUUACAGAAUUAUUUAAGGAUGAUGUAUAUGUUAUAAUUCCAUCAGUAUGGAGCCUGAAACCAGAGAAAUUGACUGAUAGACAAAAAGAACGUUUAGCUGAGAAAAAAUAAUAUUCCAGCAUUAUAUAAUGACAUGAGUCAGUCGCAGGAUUCAUUAAUAAAACCUUGGACUCCGAAGAAAUUAGUAAUAGCCAAGGAAGAUCAAAAUGAAAUUGUUAUAGAGGGUUCAAAUAAUAGGCAAAAGGAGGGUAACACGAAUGUGCCGGAAUGUUCCCAAAGUGGCGUUUCGUUUAGCUUACCAAAGGCUUGCUUAGACAUGGCUUCAAGUAAACGGAAUGUAGAAGAAAAGUUCUUAACAUCGAUGAGCACUAACAAAGAAAAUGUGCAAGACGUUCAUAGCAACAACGCGGAUAAAUUACUUGACCUACAAACGACUGAAGCGAAUCCGAAUACAUUCUCUGCUGCUGUACAACAAAUUAAAAAAAAACGAAAAUUCACAGCAGUGCAGGAAUCACCCAAAGGUAUACCUGAUGAUGCACCGAAAGUUAUUUCCAAUGAUAUUCGUCAUGACCAAAACUUGGAUGGUAUUCAGAGUAACAAAUUGGACUUGCCGAAUACUUCCUCUGCUUUAGAAGCACUAAAAGAAAUUUCUCCCAAAAAGUCGUCUACGAAAAACUCUCUCUUGCUAUCCCCACCUGAUCGCAAAUUAACAAAUAACAACAGCAGUCCGAAAUUACGUCCUAAACCACCGGCACACCUAACUGGACGAGGAGCGCAAUUGAUAAACAUGAUACGUAAUAGAAAAAUAGAUGCACAAUCUCCACAAACUCCGAUGCCAAGGUUGUUUGUGGCCAAGAAUGAUAGCAUGGAUCGCUCGUUAUCGGAUGUGGAUGUAAUAGAGCAUACAUCAACACCGCUGCAAGCUAAAGAUAUUCUAACAUUUACUAAACGGCUCCCUUCUCCCUCUGCCAGCCCUUCAACUAGCAUUUUGAAACGAAGUCUUCGCAGAGAUAGCCUUGAAGAAAUAGCUUUGGACUCACCAGCUUGCAAAAAGAAAAGAGUUAGUUUUCAUGACCCUCCAGUCUCAGUUACCAAGGAAUAUAUUAAGUAUAAUGAUGAAAACAAAACUAAACCUAAACGUUGCCUUAUUAUGGACAAAAUUCAAUCGAGUGCUGAGAGAGCCUCAGAAAAUAAAUAUACUCUAAAGCGGCGAAGUAAACUUGACAGCAUUAUUGAAAUCGAGAAAUUUGCAUCUCAACAAUCUAACAAAGCACAAGAUCUACCUACUAAUUCCGAGGUUCAAUCGGAAGAUUUGGAUGAUGACAUGGAUAUUGUGACGGAUGAAAAUAAACCUAGCGAGAAAUUUGCAGCAGAAGAACUUUCUCAUAAUACCUAUGAUCAAGCAACGGUGGAUAUUAGUAUUGACUUGGGAUGUUCGAAUAAUCUACUUGAAAUAGCGAUUCAUAGAUAUACAUUGGAAGAACUAUUAGAAAAAUAUUUAGAAUCUGCAAGUAAUUCAAAACUAAAGUGCUAUAAUACAAUGGCGAAAAUGAUAUCGAGAGGAAUGAGUGGCGAAGCUAAAAUAAAAGAAAACGUCCUCGAAGCUCUUUCAGAAAAUCACUCUAAGGAUUUCCUAGAUCAUGCAAUAAGAGAAAAUCUUGCAUCAGUGGUAUGCGAUCGAUUAAAUUUACCCUCUGUUAUUGAAUACGUAUGUGAAAAAUCAAAAAUCAAUACGUCUUGCAGAGCAAAUUUGUUUUCGCAGAUUCCGGAUAUCUUAAAACAUUGUAAACAAGACGCUGAGCGCUUAAAACUUAUACAUACACUAUUGAGUAAUAUCACUUUAAAAGAUACCGACCUUUUGGAUUUGAUCAAUAUUUUGUUACGUCAACGAUCUAUGGAAAAAAACAGUUCAGUAACAGUAUCAGAAGCAGCAAUAGAUUCUUCAUCAAACCUUUAAUAUAUCACAUGCAUUAUGUAUUUAAAUAAUUGUAUCAUACAAGAAUGUUCUUACGUUAUAUAUGUCUAUAUAUGUAGAUUGAGGAAAAUACAAUUUCUUAGUAUGACCAAAAAAUCCUACUUGUGGUUGGCGAAGUCUCAAAUGUACCAAUCAAAUUUAACGAAAAGUUCAGCUUCAUCAUACACUUUUUAAGUUAAAUUUUUACAUACAUAUGUGGGCAAUUCUCAAUUAGUUCGAACUUUCGCAUGAUUCGACAGUUUUUAUUCGGUCACACAAUUUUCGCUGGUUUAUUAACAAACAUCAGUAGCUCGUUUCUGUAACAAUUUUCUACCAAGGCGAAUUGAGAUAUGAAUUCACCUCCCUGUUCUCUACUGCUAAUGAGUAGUAGAGAAUGACGUAUAUUCUCUACCAGUAGAUAAAUAAUCGGUAGAGAAGAGUUACAGAAGCGAGCUACAGGUUACAUAUCAGUGUUCGUAUGUCAGGAAGCUGGCUUUAGUAUAGUGCGGCAUUGCCUUUGCCCAGCAAACACAGUUAGUCUGACGUUAGAGAAAUUUGGA